GAGGCCAUGUGAUGCUGGGCGAGAGAGAGCCGCCGCGCCGGAGCCUCCUUCUUUCCUGCCUCUGAUUCCGGGCUGUCAUGGCGACCCCCAACAAUCUGACCCCCACCAACUGCAGCUGGUGGCCCAUCUCCGCGCUGGAGAGCGAUGCGGCCAAGCCGGCGGAGGCCCCCGACGCUCGCGAGGCGGCCAGCCCCGCCCAUUGGCCCAGGGAGAGCCUGGUUCUGUACCACUGGACCCAGUCCUUCAGCUCGCAGAAGGUGCGGCUGGUGAUCGCCGAGAAGGGCCUGGUGUGCGAGGAGCGGGAUGUGAGCCUGCCACAGAGUGAGCACAAGGAGCCGUGGUUCAUGCGGCUCAACCUGGGCGAGGAGGUGCCCGUCAUCAUCCACCGCGACAACAUCAUCAGUGACUAUGACCAGAUCAUUGACUAUGUGGAGCGCACCUUCACAGGAGAGCACGUGGUGGCCCUGAUGCCCGAGGUGGGCAGCCCACAGCACGCGCGGGUGCUGCAGUACCGGGAGCUGCUGGACGCGCUGCCCAUGGACGCCUACACGCACGGUUGCAUCCUGCACCCCGAGCUCACCACCGACUCCAUGAUCCCCAAGUACGCCACGGCCGAGAUCCGCAGGCAGAAAUGCGAGCUGUGGCUCUGUGGAUGUGCCUUCACCCUCGCUGAUGUCCUCCUGGGGGCCACCCUGCACCGCCUCAAGUUCCUGGGACUAUCCAAGAAAUACUGGGAAGAUGGCAGCCGGCCCAACCUGCAGUCCUUCUUUGAGAGGGUCCAGAGACGCUUUGCCUUCCGGAAAGUCCUGGGUGACAUCCACACCACCCUGCUGUCGGCCGUCAUCCCCAAUGCUUUCCGGCUGGUCAAGAGGAAACCCCCAUCCUUCUUCGGGGCGUCCUUCCUCAUGGGCUCCCUGGGCGGGAUGGGCUAUUUUGCCUACUGGUACCUCAAGAAAAAAUACAUCUAGGGCCAGGCCUGGGGCUUGGUGUCUGACUGUCGGUGUCUCUGUGCUGUGUGAUUCCCCGUGAGCUCUCAGUAACUCACUGUCUCAUGAACACUUGGACAGGCCUCCCCGCCCUUUGUUCUGAGUAAUAAUAUCGUCAGUGUGAAAACAUUCCAUAGUUUAGAAGUAGACAUUGCCAAUGCUGUGACUCAAGGACACGGCUCUACUAAAAGAGAGAGAGGAAGCGAGAGAGAGAAAGACAAAAACCAGAAACAAAACACGAAUGCCUUUUCUUUCGAUUCAAGGUCUCAAGAUGGAACUGUGGGGACUGGUUAGAAUCUGAGAUGAGUCCCAGGAUGUUUCAUCCACCAGGGCCCAGAUUCUGGGAGGUGCUGGGGACUCAGAGGGCCUGACCCCUCGCCUCCCCUUCCCUCUUGCCCAGGGAAUUCGUCCACAGGACAAAGCCAACAUCAAGACUCAACUCCUCUAACCGGUACCUCUGAAUGGGGCUGGAUAACCGGAGACCCCAUGGGAGGUCCCUGAAGAUCAGACGGGGCUUCACGCUUCUCCUGGACAUGGACUGGCUUGAGCCAAGGCAGUGGCACUCCAAAACCAGGCCGCGGUGGGGACGGACACCAUGAGCACACCCUCUCAUUGCCCUUCUGAUUUGGCCCAUGUGUUGGGUUUGGCGUUACUAGAAAUCUCUGAAGGCAGCAGCCAUCAUCCUCUUCCUACCUUGAGUUUUUCUAUCCUGUGAGGUGGGACUUUCAGUAAAAGCCAUGUUGACCCUCUCUCAGAAGGUCAGUCCAGCCCAAGUGCAGGGGCGGACCUGCAGGUGGACAAACCUAGGUCCCCCUCCCAGCCUCCGCCCAAGCCACCUCCUUCAAUACCCCCCUCCCAGGGUUGCCCCCGUGCUACACCAUGCCAUGGAGCCAGGGGGAGGGGGGAAGUCUCUGCAUCCACACCACCCACCCCGGUUGGGUCUCACUUUCCUGUGCCUUUUGCAUGUUGGGAAAGGGUCUUGGUGUCACUGCCGUUCAUGCAUAGAAACCACCAAAAGCCCCAAUAAAGCAUCCGGGAGGAGCAGUUGCUUUUCAUUUCUAAACCUAUGUUGUCCAUCUAGUUCUCAUUGCCAAGCGCUGGAGCCAGAGGGUAGAGAUGUGAGGUUUCAGUCUCAGUUCUUCACAAGAGCAAGCAAGAGUUGACUCCCAGUCUCAAGUUGCUGGGUCUAGGGCUGGCUUCCAGAGUGACUUUCCAGGGCUCUGACCUUAACAUCAACCCAGCUCAUUUAGGCACAGCAUUUUACAGGUUACAGGGCAUGUUUACAACCCUUUGCUCUCAUUAACCUGUGCAAGGGCCAGGUGUGGUGACUCACAUCUAUAAUCCCAGUGCUUUGGGAGACCAAGGUGGGAGAAUUGCUCCAGGCCAGGAGUUCAAGACAAGCCUGGGCAACAUAGCGAGACUCCAUCUCUAGAAAAUAAAAUAAAAUAAACCUAUAUAUGGACCUCAGGGGGCACCCAGGGCACAUGCCCCCCACCCCAAUUUCCCAGAGGGAAAAAUGUAUUUUAAAUGUCCAAGUAACAUUAAAUCAGGAGUAUAAUGUAUAGAAUAUAAGGCAUAGUUUUAC